AUUAAAAUGGACGGGCCCCACUACACGACCAUCGGUCUCCUCCUCCUCGCCGCCGUCGGCUACUUAAACUGGUCGAGCAGCAACCAUGGCAGUUUUCAAGUUCGAAUCCCCAUCCCCUGGCUCCAGCCAGAGAUGUCCUUCAUAACAUGCGUCGGCACGCGAUUCGUUGACUCCAGCACUGGGUCGCCGGUAUACGUUAACGGGUGGAACUCGUAUUGGAUGAUAUCGUCGCUGUCGCCCGAGUCCAUUGAGGAGAUGAUGAGGAGAGGGAGGGAAAUGGGGAUGACGGUUUGCCGCACGUGGGCUUUUUAUGAUGCUGGGGCCCACCCGCUUCAGCUCUCUCCCGGUGUUUUCGACGAGAGUCUCUUUCAGUUAUUGGAUUACAUAAUAUAUCAAGCGAGAAGGAAUCAUAUAAGGUUAGUUCUGUCACUUGUAAAUAAUCUUAAUGCGUUUGGAGGUAAAGCUCAGUAUGUGAAAUGGGCAAAAGCAGCAGGAGCCAAUGUGUCAUCGUCGACUGAUUCUUUCUUCUCGCAUCCUCUCAUAAAGAGAUAUUAUAAGGCUUAUGUAAAGGCAAUUUUGACAAGAAAGAAUUCAUUCAGUGGAGUCAAAUAUUCUGAUGAACCCUCCAUAUUUGCUUGGGAGCUUAUGAAUGAACCUCGGUGUGUGUCCAGCUUAUCUGCUCCUCUUCUUCAGGCUUGGAUCGGUGAGAUGGCAUCUUACGUAAAGAGUUUAGACUCAAAACACCUGGUCACAAUUGGCCUUGAAGGGUUUUAUGGCCAUCAAAGAACCAACAGGUUAGAGGUAAAUCCUGGGAAAUGGGCAUCUUCACUUGGUUCAGAUUUCAUCCAAAACUCAGCCCUCAAGCACAUCGAUUUCGCUUCAGUACAUGCAUAUCCAGAUAGCUGGAUUCCAAAUGCAAACUUAGAAGAAAAAGCCAGAUAUCUCUCUAAAUGGGUCGACACUCAUAUAAACGACGGUGAGGACGUGCUAAAGAAACCCGUGCUUUUCUCAGAGGUGGGAUUUCAGCAAGCAGAAAUGAAAAAUGGCUUAUCUGAUAGAGAUAUUUUGCUGAAGAUGGUUUAUGAAAAAGUUUAUGAGUCCACUAAGAAAGGGGGAGCAGGAGCUGGAGCUUUGAUUUGGCAAUUGACUGUUGAAGGGAUGCGAGGAUAUCUUGAUGAGUUUUCAUUGGUUGCGAGUGAGCGUUCGUCUACUUCUAAGCUCAUAGUUCAGCAAUCUUGCAGGUUAAAUAAUUUGUUCAGAGAAAGAGGAGGGCGAACUUUGUGCUGAGUUCUUAUAUCCCUGAGUCUAUGUAACACAAAAUAUUGGAUCAGAGAUUCUUGUGAGGGUUUUUAGUUGUAUGAACUCAUGCAGUUCUUCGAUGAGGAUGAAGAAUAAGAGUUCGGUAUUUGUAUGAACUCAUGCAGAGAUUAGAGCUGUUGUACAUGGAGAUGA